CAAAUAUAAAUACACAAUGCGGACAUCGACGGCGAGAAGAUUGCAGUGGCCCUUUCAACUGCGUCUAUAUGGCACAUCAACAGCUCGGCCACCGAUAGUCCGCAUUUCCAACGGCACUUUCUAUCGCCACCACCCAAAUUCACACCAUGCAGCUACGGAUGCCAAUCCAGCUUUGUUCGAGAACCUCAAUUUCGAGCUGCCUUCCUUUAAGCCAGAAUACUGGUCAAUCGUAGGCCCGUCAUUAUCUGGAAAGACGACAUUCCUGCAGAUUUUGCGCGGGCAGCAUAUAUGCAUUCCUCCCGCGGCCCGUUCCUAUCCAUAUCUCGAAUCCGAAGAAAUCGAGCAAAAAGACCAUGCACUUCGACAACCAAGCCGAGCUAUCAAAUAUGUGGGAUUUGAUGGAGAGCAAGGCAUUGGUGGCCAAGCACCGACGAGCGCAUACCUGAGUGCUAGGUAUGAGUCACGAAGAGAAGAAACAGAUUUCAGUGUGCUAGAUUAUCUGAAAGGCAAUACGGAGUUGAACCCUUCCCAGAAUAUAACGGGGAAGACGGUAGAUAUUGAGAGUCUGGAUCGAGUGAUCAGGGACUUGCGACUGGGCGAUUUGGUGGGCAUGCCAGUUUCGAAUCUUAGUAAUGGGCAAACGAGGCGGGCCAGGAUUGCAAAAGCUCUGUUGAGGGAUCCUGAGGUCCUGUUGCUUGAUGAGCCAUUUAUGGGCUUAGAUCCUCCGACUCUCUUGACUCUGAGUCCGAUGUUGUAUGGCCUGGCAAAGGCCAGUACUCCAAGACUUCUUUUGACACUUCGGCCACAGGAUCCAAUCCCUGAUUGGAUUACGCAUCUUGUUUAUUUAAAGGGGAACUGUAAGGUCGCUUUUCAAGGACCUAAAGAGAAAGUCCUUGAUGAUUUGAGGCAGUAUGUGGAAGACGUCAAGGGUGGCAAUGCCGAACCCGAUUCCCACUUGCCCAUACAUUCCAUGCACGAAGUUGGCCGACAGCUCACAAGCCAAGGCAUUGUGGAACCGAAUACGACAAGGCACCAUAUGCCAGCGAUUGUAUCCAAUGCUGAGGCUCUUGCGGGAAAUAGAGCCAAAGAAGCCGCUGUUGGAGACCCCCAGAACCCUCUAGUAUCUAUGCGACCUGACAGCGAAACAGAUAUCUUGAGUCGAGACGGAUAUAGGUUAAAUGACACUGAAUCGCCAGAAAUCGGUGAACCGCUAGUAGAGAUGGAAGGGGUUCGCGUUACCUACGGGACCAAGGCCGUCUUGGGCAAUUGGACUCAAGAGGUCAAUGGUACAUCGAAAGAAGGAGUAUUCUGGACUGUUAGACGAGGCGAGAGGUGGGGAAUCUUCGGACCAAAUGGAUCAGGCAAGACCACAAUCCUGUCUCUGAUCUCUUCGGAUCAUCCGCAAACUUAUUCCCUUCCAAUCCGACUUUUCGGACGCUCGCGUCUCCCAGAACCAGGCCAACCCGGAAUUUCAAUCUUCGAUAUUCAAAAGCGAAUUGGUCAUUCCAGCCCCGAAAUUCACAACCAUAUGCCUAAAUCGUUAACUCUUCGUCAAGUCUUAGCGAAUGCGUGGUCUGACACUUUCAGGGGACGACCGAACCUGGAUGACGAUGCGAAUGCACGGAUUGAUGCGUGCCUCAGAUGGUUUGAAGAGGAUCUCAGACCUGGAAGCAACGCCAGCCCAGAAAGUAUGACAGACCGGGGAACUUCUUCCAAGCUGGAUACUGCCAGACCGGACUGGGCUGAUCAUCUGGUGUUCGGCGAGUUACCAUUCUCAGCACAAAGAGUAGCAUUGUUCCUGCGCGCGAUUAUCAAGCACCCCGAUCUUGUCAUUCUGGAUGAAUCUUUCAGUGGUAUGGAUGACGGCAUCAGAGAUCGCUGCCUUUUGUUCCUUGCCCAUGGCGAGUCCAAGCAGUACAUCACCACUGCGCCGAGGGCAGACUCGAAAGUAGGGAGCGGGGAGCGUAGAAUCGUCGAGUCCGAUAUAUCGAAAGCUGGACAGGUGAAGGUUGGAGGCUUGAAGAAAGAUCAGGCACUUCUCUGCAUCAGCCACAUCCGCGAAGAGAUACCAGGCAGCAUCCGAGAGUGGAUUUGUCUGCCAGAGGCUAAUACGGGGCAGCCUGCGAGGUUUGGUAGAUUGGAUGGUCCAAUUGAAGGGAACUAUCGCAGGUGGAAUGAGAUCUGGGGGAUGUAAGAAUACACGGCUGGCAUGUUGAAAUAGACAGAAAAUGAUAACUAGUCGACCACCUUCUGACAGAAUAUAAACCUAAAUCACAGUG